AUGCUUCCCGCACGGGCUGUCCGAACAGCUUCACGCGCGCUACCGAGCCUCCGAGGCCCAUCUUUGAGGCCGCAAUACCUUCCGAGACAAUGGUACUCCGACAAGAAACCGGCCGCCGCGCCGGCCACGCCUUCCACCGUCGAAGAUGACCUGCCCGACCACCGGAAGCUGGGCAUUCAGCAGGAGCUCUUCACCACCUCCGUCUACAGCCCCGGCUCGCCGAUAUUCCUUCCGAACGGCACGCGGGUCUUCAACCGCCUGGUGGACUUCCUGCGGCGGCAGUAUGUCCACUACGGCUUCGACGAGGUCAUCACGCCAAACAUCUACAAAAAGUCGCUGUGGGAGGUGUCGGGCCACCUGCAAAACUAUGCCGACGAUAUGUACACCGUCACCAGUCGCGCGCGCGCGCCCGAGGAGAAAGCAGCAAGCUGCUGCGGUGCUGAUGGCAGGGACCCGCCGCGCGAGGGCAGCGGCGAGGCGGCCCGGACGGCUGAGGGCGAGGACGACGACUACGGCCUCAAGCCCAUGAACUGCCCGGGUCACUGCCUCAUCUUCGCAUCCAAGAAUAGGAGCUACCGCGACCUCCCCAUCCGAUACGCCGACUUCAGCCCACUGCACCGCAACGAGAUCUCGGGCGCGCUCAGCGGCUUGACGCGCGUGCGCCGCUUCCAUCAAGACGACGGUCACAUCUUUUGCCGGCCGAUCCAGAUCCGCGAGGAGGUGUUCAAGACGCUCGACUUCAUGAAGACGGUUUACGGUGCGCUGGGACUGGAUUACUUCGAUUUCGCGCUGUCGACGCGGCCGGCGGACCAUUACAUUGGCACAGAUAGCGAGUGGGAGCGGGCGGAGGGGCAGCUGCGCGAUGCGCUGGAGCAGGCCGGGCUGAAGUAUACCAUUAAGGAAGGGGACGGCGCUUUCUACGGUCCCAAGAUCGAUGUUAUGCUCCACGACUCUCACGGGAAGUCGCACCAGGCUGGCACAAUCCAGCUUGACUUCCAGCUUCCGCAGAGAUUCAACCUCGAGUACCAAGCGCCGGCGCCCAAGUUGGAGGCUCAGGGAUUGCCGUUGGAGCAGGCAGACCCAGCUGAGCUCGAGGCUUACGGGCCAGUCACACCCGUCAUGGUCCACCGUGCCAUCUUGGGCUCAGUUGAGCGUCUGAUGGCGCUGCUGAUUGAGGAGUACAAGGGCAAAUGGCCCUUCUGGCUGAACCCCCGUCAAUGUGCUAUUCUGACGCUGAACGACACGGAGCCCGUGGUCCAGUGGGCGUCCGACAUCAAGGAUGUUCUGACGGGACACGACCGCGUGAGGGAUUCCAACAACCCGAGACAACCCCGUCCGACGGGUUUCGCGGUUGAGGUCGACGCAAGCCCACGGCCGCUGGCGAAGAAGCUGGCGGAGGCGAGAGAGAAGGGAUUCGGCGUCAUCGCCGUGGUGGGGAAGCAAAAUGUCCAGAACGGGACCGUGACCGUCGAUGUCAGCGAGCGGCCGUCUAGCAAGGAGACCGGCGGCAAGAAGAAGGCUCGUGACGACAUGUCGCCCGUGGAUUUGCGCGAGAAGAUGCAGGAAAUGGUGGCGACGUACCAAUAG